GUUCGAUACGCGAUCGGUCGAUGAGUGUGAGAGAAGAAUAAUGGUUAUGGCCAUGCUGAAUUGGAUACCCGUCGCUGCAAAGAACUUAGCUCACGAGCACGCACAGGUGAUACCCAUUUCGCUCUUCGUGGCGGUUCUCUGCCUUUGCUUGCUCAUCGGUCACUUGCUCGAAGAAAACCGUUGGGUUAAUGAAUCCAUCGUUGCCAUUCUAGUUGGAUGUAUUGCUGGAAUGAUACUCUUGUUCAUCACCAAGGGGAAGAGUUCUCGCAUCCUUACAUUUGAUGAAGAACUAUUCUUCAUAUAUCUCCUGCCACCCAUAAUAUUCAAUGCUGGAUUUCAGGUCAAGAAGAAACAGUUCUUCCACAACUUCUUAACUAUCAUGCUAUUUGGGGUGAUCGGUGUUUUUAUAUCGGCAUCUAUUGUUGUAUCUGGCAGCUGGUGGCUUUUCCCCAAGUUGAACUUUAUUGGUCUGACUGUGCAAGAUUAUCUUGCUAUAGGAACAAUUUUCUCUUCAACAGAUACUGUUUGUACCUUGCAGGUUCUCAAUCAAGAUGAAACUCCUCUAUUAUACAGCCUAGUCUUUGGAGAAGGAGUGGUAAAUGAUGCAACGUCAGUUGUUCUCUUCAAUGCAGUUCGGAAGCUUGAUGCUUCAAAAGUUAAUGGCAGGGCACUCCAUGUCAUGGGAGAUUUCUUGUAUCUGUUCUCCACAAGCACUGCCCUUGGAUUCAUUGCUGGACUUCUCACUGCAUACAUCCUGAAAGCCUUAUGCUUUGGAAGACAUUCAAGUGUUCGUGAAAUUGCAUUGAUGGUUUUAAUGGCAUACCUAUCCUACAUGUUAGCAGAGCUACUAGGACUUAGUGGAAUCCUCACUGUUUUCUUUUGCGGACUACUAAUGUCUCACUAUGCAUGGCAUAAUGUGACUGAAACUUCCAGAGUCACAACCAGGCAUGUCUUUGCGACAAUGUCAUUCAUUGCAGAAACUUUUAUAUUUCUUUAUGUGGGCAUGGAUGCUCUGGACAUGGAGAAGUGGAGGAUUACCAACUUAAGUUUUUGGAGUUUGAUGGGAAUUUACAGCUGCUUAAUCUUCCUGAUAUUAAUUGGAAGGGCUGCAUUUGUUUUUCCUCUCUCCGCUUUAGCAAAUUGUUUGAAUAGGCGUGCUCACAGAGACUCAAGAAUCACAUUCAGGCACCAGAUAAUCAUUUGGUGGGCUGGACUUAUGAGGGGGGCAGUCUCCAUUGCUCUGGCUUUCAAACAAUUCACAUAUUCUGGUGUUACAUUUGAUCCUGUUGAUGCAACAAUGAUCACCAACACCAUCAUUGUUGUGCUUUUCAGCACGCUGGUGUUUGGCAUUCUCACAAAACCACUUAUCCGUUAUCUUCUUCCCCAUAGCUCGACAAGGAAGAACAUCGCUCAUCAGGAGUCCAGUCCACCUAUUGAGGACUUGAAUCUGCCAUUGUUGUCCUUCGAGGAGUCUACAGCAACCAACAUCAGCCGGGCAAAGGAAAGUCUAUCAAUGUUGAUGGAAAGUCCCGUACACACCAUACAUCAUUAUUGGAGGAAGUUUGAUGAUGCCUACAUGAGACCCGUAUUUGGAGGCCCUCUUGCUUAGUCACAGUGCAAACAAAAAGAAGUAGGAACACUAACGAUAAUUUAUCUGAGUUCAGUUUUGAAGUUUACUUUUGAUACAUAUGAUGAAUGAGUGAAGGAUCAAGUUUACUUUUGAAUGUUUACAUGAAUUGGGAUCUUUGAAGCUUUAGGGAAGUUCAUGUGUUUUGAUAAUGAUUACAGGUAAGUUCACUUUAUGCAUGUCAUUCAAAUUUUGGAUGAGCAGGACUUUUAUUUUAUAAGCAAGUAGAAUGAAUUGUGUAUAAUAUGUCUUAUUGAGUUCUCAUCUCCGCUAAUGGUUUGCUGUUGCUAGGUGCUGCAUUUUCACUUCUAUGAACAGAAUAAAUGGAAAACCGAGUAAAUCACACUUUACUCUCUGGAUGUGACAAUUUGUUUAUUUUCCCAAUAUCAAUAUUCUGCCUCAUGUUAACCCAAUUUAGUGAAUUGACUAAUACCCUUUUCUUGUAAUUUACUAUUCUCAUCUAUGUGCUCAUUGAACCUCUAUUUGUUGGUGGAUUAAAGUUUUUGUGGAGGAUUUUGUCAACGGUUA